AUGGCCCUCAUCGGCCUCCCUUCCGUGAGAGGGCAGGUCCGCGGGCUCUUGAUCGCGUUCCUUCACCUCCUCCUCGCGACCUCGGUAUGCGCCUAUACCAAACUCUCCAACGCUGCACUGCGUAACGUCACCGUCUCCGAGGCCGACUUUGAUAUCCAUAACGGCCCGCUCCUUUCUCCUAUCCUCAUCCCCCGAGUGCCCGGCACGGAUGGGCAGCUGAAGACGCAGCAGCACUUUGUCGACUUCUUCACCAAGUCGCUGCCCAAAUGGACCAUCCAGUGGCAGAACUCAACGGAUAAGACUCCUGUCACUGGUAACAGAGACAUUCCGUUCCAGAACCUCAUCAUAAGGCGCGAACCGCCAUGGACGAAGCCUGGCCAGGCCAACUAUCUCACCCUCGUGGCUCACUACGACAGCAAGAUCGAGCCCUCGGGCUUCAUUGGCGCGACUGACAGUGCCGCGCCGUGUGCUAUGAUAAUGCACGUCGCGAGGACCCUUGAACCGUAUCUGGCCCAGAUGUACUCUGAGAUGGUCGCGCUGGGUGAGAAUGGAGGUACCGUCCCCCAGGACAUGGGCGUUCAGAUCCUCCUGCUGGAUGGCGAGGAAGCCUUCAAAUCCUGGACUGACACCGAUUCUCUGUACGGUGCGAGAUCCCUGGCGAAUGAGUGGGAGCACACCUUCAACCCCGCCAUGUCGCAUUAUAAGAACCCUCUCGAGCAGAUCAGUAUCUUUGUUCUGCUCGACCUCUUGGGCUCCGCAGAACCCAGGAUCCCAUCCUACUUCCAAUCCACUCACUGGGCUUACAAGGCCAUGGCCGACAUUGAGAAGCGCAUGCGUGAACUUGGCGUCUUGGAGACCAAACCCAAGAUCCCGUUCCUCAACGAUGUAAACAAGAGCCCGGGGAUGUUUGGCCGCGGCGGCAUCGGCGACGACCACGUCCCGUUCAUGAUGAAGGGCGUUAACAUCCUGCACAUGAUCCCCUCGCCCUUCCCUGACGUGUGGCAUAAAAUGGAGGACGAUGGCGAACACCUUGACAUGCCCACGGUGAGGGACUGGGCGAAGAUCGUGACGGCGUUCACCAUGGAAUGGCUUGACGCGAUGGAAGUGAUUCCGGAAGAUGAAGCAUGA